AGCCCAUAAAAAAAAAGUUUUUAAUCCAUGUGUGGUCACUAGGCAACACUGGCAGUAAUUUUUGUACAAUUUAGCAGAAUGCCAAAUUGCCAAAAUCUUUAAAAAAAGUAAAGUGUCACUUAAACUCAAACUGUCGUUACUUGUCAAAAUUGUUGGUUAUGAAUUUAUUUAUUUUUUUGUUUUAUUCCUAAGUGUGAGUUUAGUCAAUAAUUGUAUCAGAGUUCGUAAGAUUAAUAUCGUUCUAAGUACCUUUCAGAUAGUGGCUUUAUGCGCAAGGUCGUAAUUUUCGUUAAGUUGUCGAAAAUAUGAAUUCAUAUGAAACACAGUUUAAGUAGUUCACUCAAAUCAUGUCACUCAGCCCUAAUUCCAGUAUACUACAACACACAAUUGAUUUAAAAUAUGAAGACACAAAGAGGUCAACUUCCCUCAAAUGGAUUGUAGUCAACAUAGUUCUGUUUCUACUAUUUGUGUAUGACUUGUGCUACAAAUGCCCGGGCUACACAUCGGCGCUGCACUACGUGGAGAUGUGCGCGGCCGGCGUGCUGGGCGCCAACGCCGUGCAGCACGCGCUGCGCCUGCGCGGGCGCGCGCCCCCGCGCCCCCGCCGCGCCGCGCCCGCGCCCCCCGCCGCCCCCGCCUCCGCGCCCGACCCCGACGUGUCGCUGUCGCCGCGGCGCGCCUGGCGCGGCGACGCGUCCCCGCCGCCCAGCCCGCCCGACAACGCGCAGCCCCGCCCCGACCGCCUGGCUCCCGACGAGUUCAUCUCCGACUCCCGCAGCCUCGCUGCUUAUCUCAGAGGCUACGAGGAACGCUCCCUAGGCGAACGUUCUGCGUCGCAGCCAAACUCGUGGGGCCUCGGUCCGAGCGCGGCAUCCGCGCACUACCAGCUCGCGGCGAUGGCGGCAGAGGGCGCGGGCGCGGACGAGGGCGCGCCGGCCGCCCGCUCGCCUCAGGUCUGGCGGCGCCUGCAGCUGGACCCGCAACGCCUGGAGCAGUGGAACCUGAACCUGCGGCUGUGGCUGCACGUGACCAUCCUGCAGCGGCUGGUGCGCGAGCUGGACGGCGCGGACGCGGCGCUGGCGGCGGCCGGGCUGGGCGACGUGCGCGUGGGCAGCGUCAGCGCCGAGCGCCUGCGCGGCGCCGCCGGCCUGCAACACGAGCUGCAACACACGCUGCCGGCGUUGCUGGCCUACCUCGAACCCUUCGCCGACCAACGCUACGUCGUGCAGCGUAUCAGAGAACUGGCGCAGGGCGGAUGCCUGAGCGGCUACCGCUGGAACGGCGGCGGAUCGGACUGGGAUGAUUCCAAGCCGACGGACGCAGAGAUAGUGCUGCAGCUGCUUGCCACGUACCUGGACGCGCAGCUGCCGCCGGCCGUGGGGCGCAGCGCCUUCAGCAGCGCGCACCUGUCGGCGGCGCCGGCGCCGCUGCCGCGCGGGCCGGGCGUGCUGGCCCUGCACCGCGUGAGCCUGCGCCCGCCGCACUACGUGCUGGCGCUGGGCGACGACACGGUGGAGGUGUGCCGCGGCCGCAACAACCUGCUGCACUCGCUACUGCUGUUCAUCGCGGCGGCGGCCCGCGGCGAGCCGCCCGCGCUGCGCCGCCUGCAUCUGGGCCGCGCCGGACUCAACAUGCUGUGGAUCAUCGGCCGGUGAUGAACACUAACGGUCUAUACUACACUCUCAAUGUAUUUGCUUACCGUUUUUUGUAGAUUUUGCACCAAAUAAAGUAUUUGAAUAAUAAA